GGAAGUUUUCAGCGCGAGACUCUCCUGCUCAUCGGUUUUCGUUUCGAACCUCGCCACCCGAACGCUCGAUAUUUCCGACUCUUCGCUGCACUGGACUCGCCGUGAAGGUGGGACAAGUUGACGCAUCGCCGGCAAAAUCCAAGUGGGAUAUGAGACCGUGUAGUACAAGAGGUCAUUUCCUUCCUCUACGGUUAACUUUACUGUCUCUAUUCAUUCGCUCCACUAGCGAUCGUCGUUGUAUUAUUCCAGGCAGCUCUUACGCAUAGGUAAUUGUCGUCUUUUGCGUUCCGCUCCUGUUUGUAGAACGCGGACUUCGAAGUGCCGAAUCCUUCUGACCCCGCCAAGACAGCCACCUGUCCGCAACAAGCGUCUAUCUUGCUCGAACAUCCCAUCCCGUAUUCGUAACACUAACACGCAGCCAUGGAUCUCUUCGCCCAAAGGAUCAGCGAUCCGUCGCAGUUGGAUUACUGCCCUGCUGAAGACUUCGUCCGUGAGGUUGCGGAGCCACGACUGGUGGACGUGGUGGCCGGCCGCCUCCACGACGUCUCGCUAUACCAGCUGCUCGGCUGGGCCACCUCCUUCGUGGUCGCCGUGGUCGCCAUGGUGUGCGUGGCGUGCAAGGUGUACAGCCGGCUCACGCUGGGCACGUGCACCUCCAACAAGGACAUGACCGGUCGCACGGUGCUCAUCACGGGAGCCAAUGCUGGCAUCGGCAAAGAGACGGCCAAGGAGAUGGCGAGGCGCAACGCGCGAGUCAUCCUGGCCUGUCGGAACCCGGAAAAGGCCGCGGCGGCCGCGAAGGAGAUCCUGGAGGAGACCGGCCGACAGGUCGUGGUGCGAAAGCUGGACCUGUGCUCCUUCAAGUCGAUACGCGAGUUCGCCGACGACAUCGCCAGCACCGAGGAACGCCUCGACGUGCUCAUCAACAACGCAGGAAUCGUCCCAUUUCCGCACCGAGUGGAAACGGUUGACGGAUUCGAGCAGACGCUGCAGACCAACCAUUUGGGGCCUUUCCUGCUUACGAAUCUACUUCUCGGCAAGCUGAAGGCUAGCGCGCCGAGCCGCGUCAUCACGCUGUCGUCACUGCUGCACCACUUCGGCCGCAUCGAUCCGGGCCGCCUCGACUACGCCGAGUACCGGAUGCCCAUGCAAGUGUACAGCGACACCAAGCUGGCCAACGUGCUCUUCACGAAGGAGUUGGCGCGGAGGCUUCUGGGAACGGGUGUGACGGCCAACGUUCUCCAUCCUGGUGCGGUGCAAACGGACAUCAACAGCACUUACGUCGGCUUUAUGAACAUCGUGAUGAACGCCCUGUUCUACUUCUUUGGCAAGACACCGAAAGAAGGGGCGCAGACGUCCGUAUAUCUCGCCGUAUCUGACGAAGUCGCCAAGGUGACUGGCCAGUACUUCAUGGACUGCCGACGGACCCUGCCCAGCAGAAGCGCCGAAGAUCCGGCACUCGCCAGGAGACUGUGGGAAGUCAGUGAAAAGCUGACGGGCCUCAGCAUAUGAAGCCUGGGAGGCCAAAGUGAUGACGGUGGGGUUUGUGGGUAUAUGCCUUCGAGACCUGAUGCCUUUACAGGCAGCAAAGCCACCCCGUACAUACACAUAAACUUUAUUUGACGAGCACAGAUUUUAAGGAGGGCACGUAAGCCAGCCCGUAAACUUCGAAUUGUACGUUAUGAUAUCCUUAAAGCAAUAGGAGGAGCCGGAACUAUGCACAUCGCUUGCAUAUAGCUUUGGAAAGUACGUGGUGUUUAGAAGUUGAGAGCAAUCACACUAAACACCUUUGCUGUAAAAAAAAAAAAUACACCUUCAAGACUGAACAGAUUCACACGAGACGAUAGCGACAGAUAAAGACGUAACCCGUAAGCUUAGUAACAGAAAACGUGUCUGCUGCAGUGGAUGCGUCGUUUUUUUUUUUUCAAAGGAGGCCCUGCGAACGUGAAUGAUUGACUCGUAUAGCCUUAAUGUGCAAGUCAGUACCUUAACUAGCGUCAUAUUUUAACGCCUAACGCGAAACGAAGGAUGCGUGUGCGUGCUUGUGCUUUCUCUCUUUGCACUCCUUCACUCCACGUUUUUGCGGAUAGAAUACGACACGAAUCAAAACAACCAAUUCCUGUGAACGUUCACACGACUCUUAGGUAAUGCUAUUCGUAACAUUUUAGAGCAAAUGAGCAAAUAGCAUUUAUAGAACUAGUCACGGCAGCAAUCAUCUCGCAUCAUAUACCACUAGGCAGCUUUUAAUACAUAUAUAUUUUUUUUAGAAAUACUGGUCAUUAACUAGUAUAUUGAAAGGCACAUGAGCCGUAGGACGAAGCGACGACUAUGUGAGUACUUUCUCCUUGACGCUACCCAAUGCCCACUGAUGCGCUCGCCCCUUUUUGCAGGUAUAUGCAUUCCACGCAUUCAUAAUUCAUACUGUGACGACUGUGCGUGGGCAAGAAAACAGUGGCAUCGAGGAUCGCAUUAACCAACAGCAGAACAGACCACAAAAACAGUUACUGAGUGUCCGCCCCGAGACAAUAUUUCCAGGGUGUUGCGGCUUUGUACACCGAUCUGUUCGCUCUAAAAAAAAAAAAAAAAAGUAAAUCCCAACUGCUUUGACAACGAUAUUGCCUUAAAGGUGCGACAACGGGCGCUUAAUUAAAGUCUUAGCAAACACCGCUGAUUGAACGAAGUUUGACUUUUUUUUUAAUACUGCCUGCAUAAUUUUCAUUCAAAAACCUAGUCCUGCCUCUUCGUGUGCUAUACGGCGGAAGUGAGAGCGGAAAGCCUCGGCGGGACUACACCA